AGCGAGAAAGACUGGCGAGUGGUGAACAGAUAGAGAUCUUCAAUAGUCAGAUUUUCUCCAGUUCUUCAGCAAAAUCGAUUCAACCAGACUGUGUAUAUGAAAAGAAAUUCCCAGGCUCCAGAUCUUCCUGGACCACUUCAUACAACAAAAUUAUCAGCCUUCUGAUCCACUGAUGGCUGUGAAGAAGUGGGAGUAUACCCCCUUCCCACUUGGUCCAACAGCAUGGACUCGAUGGCCCUGAUUAAGAUUGAUCUCACAUGCAGUUUUGAAGAUGACACCCAAACAUGAAAAACAGGAAUUUGUAACAGUUUUGGUAAGAGACCCCAGGAUUCAAAAGGAAGACAGUUGGCACUCACAUAUAGACUAUGAAAUCUUCAUUCAUACAAAUAGCAUGUGUUUUACAAGAAAAACCUCAUGCGUUCGGCGGCGCUUUCGAGAAUUUGUGUGGCUUCGUCAGAGACUCCAGAGUAACGCUGUACUGAUACAAUUGCCGGAACUUCCGUCCAAAACUCCCUUUUUUAAUAUAAAUAACCCCCAACACGUUGACCAUCGUCGGCAAGGCUUGCAAGACUUCCUCCAACAGAUCCUCCAAAAUCCACUACUGCUUUCAGACAGUAGACUUCACCUCUUCGUACAAACCCAGCUAAGCCCAGAAGAGAUUGAGGCGUGUGUAUCCGGACAUACUAAAUACUCCGUGGCUGAUGCGAUCCAGGAGUUUGCCUCUAUGAAACGACGUUUCCCUGUAGAACAUGAAGAGAAGAAAAAAGAAGAAAAUUAUGCGGAUUCAGAUUCUGAGAGUUCAUCCUCAGGGCUUGGACACAGCAGCGAUGAUAACAUUUCACACGGAUGCAAAGCAAACACAGUUCCCGAAGAACCCUGAAAUAUCAUUGUAUAUUGGUAUCACCGAAAUGACAGAUACCACCUUCCAUUGUGGUUGAAAGUUAUAUGUUACACUUCCAUCCAGUUGUCAAAGCUUUGUAUUUUCUCUGUUCACCCAUUCAUUCAUUUAUUCAUUUCACACUGGUAUGCAGUGACAGACCCUCCAAUAUGGAAUCAUUCAAAUAUUGCUGUACUUAAAUAAAUUGGAUUCUUUUACACUAUUUCUAUGAAACUGUUACAGUAUGAGGUCAGAGUAAGAACAAAACUAUAAUUAGAUCUUGAAAGUGAUACUGGAGAGUCUAACUCCUGGAAAUUCACAAAAUCAUCUCCACUUUAAAAUGACAAUUCAACUGUCCUUCCAGUCUGGGGUGAUCUACAUAAAUAUAUUAUUGAAACAAAACAACCUUUAAGUCCAUACCUUCACAAAGAAGUAAGUGAUGGACUGAGAUUACUCUUUCAGUUGGCUAGUUAAAACUAUUUCAACUUUGGCUCCUAACAGUAAAUCUAGUGUUCUAGUCAUAAUUAAUGGCCAUGAUCCAGUGUAGAGUGAGAAAUGCUUAGGGCCAUUUAAUAUCAAUAACUUUAUACACAUCUAACCCUGUACUAAACCGGAGGCACUGGCUGUAUGAUGUCUGUCUUUCUGUUGUUGUUACUGUUGCCAAGAGAAGUCUUUUGAUACAACAUAUUGUUAGAGACUUUAGUUAUAUUUUGAAAGUAAUUUAAAAAUGAAGUUUCUUACAGUGAUGUAGCAAUAGGAUGGAACACUCAAAGGAUGGAAUUAUUAGAAACAACCCUCUAAGUGAAGUGACCUAUGGAAGUUUAUGGUGUUUUUUCAGAGGCACAUUUAAAGAUUCCAGCUGGGUAGCUCCAUAAAUUCAUUCAUGUGUGUUUUGACAGCUCCAGUAGAACUCCUCUGGUACCCUGUCCAAAAUGCAUGUACUUGGAAACAUUCGGAUCAAACAAAGUAUCUGAAUUUUAAGGAAUGGAUGGGAGGAGGAAGGGAGCAGGUAGUUACUUUGAGCAAAUUAUUUAUUUGGUCCGCACUUCUUAAGAUAAACAUCAAAGUUUCUGCAGACAAAACUAUCCCCUGAUCUCUGAUAGAAACUUAGCAGCAAAAUAUACUUAGGCAACUAUUAGAAAAUUUAAUUAAAGCUGCAAGUAAAACGGUCUGUAAUUGUUAGCGUAGGGUGAACAAAAGCAAUCCAAAAGAAAAAGCUGUCUCAUAAACUGUGACAUGAAAAUAAUUUAAAAUAUUGUUGCUUAUUUUAGAAAUAUGUAUACGUGAUUUAUUAAUUUGAAGGAAUUUGUGCACUUUAAGUUUUAUAGUCUGCUGAUAAUUAGUACACAAAAUGUAAAACUCCUUUAUGCCAGAGCAAAGCCAGGAAGAAAUAAUUAAAAUAUGAUCCUGCAUAUUUACUCAGAAGUAAAUUCCAAUGAUAUCAGUAGAGCUUAUUUCCAUUUAGGGGAUAUAAGACUGCAUCCAGUUACUUCAUCCUAAAGGUCUUGAAGCUACAGCAAACAAAAGAGCAAACUUUCAAAGUCAGAAUUUAUUUCAAAGCAACCAAAUUCAGUGAUCAGUUCUUGUAUUUAUUACCUUUUGCACAAAUUACACAUUGUUACACUGUUUGCUUCCUGUACUUUUAGACAGCCUUUCCGGUUGUUGUUGUUUUUUUAAAAAAAAUACAAUGUUUUAAAUGCCAAAUGUAUGAAACACUGGAAUGCUGAAUAUCGUAUGCUCUAAUGUUUAAUAUGUAUGGAAUGUGUUUGUAUUUUGUCAUAUUUCAAAAUAAAAUGUUCUAUAUUUAAUUGA